UACGUCACAAAAGAGACGGAAGUAUAAACAUUCGGAUGACAUGAUUUUGGAACAUACUAAGAACGCGACACAGGACUUCCAUCACUCCUUGACGUAAUCUCCAAAGACAUAUAUCAUGAUCGUUACUUGAAUCAGUCUAAACUCGUGUCAGCGCACGUUGAAACUUCCCGAGAGCUUAGCUUAGCUUAGCUUAGCUCGCUAGCCGCUAACAAAGAGACGGGCGUGUGAGCGAGACCGUCUGUGAGUGUCAAGUGUUGUUGAUUGUCGUGUGAAAUGUGUGCUAAACGCGUCAAAGAAGAAGAUUACGAGGAAGAAGUUUGUGAAACCACAACAAGGAACAGGCGAAAAGGUCAACAACCGGAUGGUGUUUGCAAGAAGCCUCGAGUUGUGUUCCACCGCAAAGACUUCACGGAGGAGGAUCUUCAUGUUGAGCGGCGGGAGCCCGACCCGCCUCACCUCAAGGAAGACGACAAACGGGAGGAGGAGAUCAGCGCCUUUCCCUUGACCGAUGUCAUCGUCAAGAGUGAAGAAGCUGAAGCAGAAGAUGAAGAGGCCCCCCACAAUCAAGCGGAAGACCUGCUGCAGUCUCCUGGCAUGAAAGAGGAGGAGGAGGAGCACGUCAAAGAGGAGGAGGAGCAUCUCACCGCUUGGCCGUUGACCUCUGACCCUCUGAAGAGUGAAGGUGAUGAAGUUCAGAGUGGGGAGAGCAGAGGGGCGGAGCCUCCAAGCAGCAGCAGCGGCGGCGGCUCAAGUCAACAAGUGACAGCAGAGGGCGAUGGAGCGUCACAAGCAGACGGCCUCUUGGCUCCACUAUCAGUGUGCGAUGAUGACGAUGAAGAGUCUGACGCUGAUGUGACAUUUCACACUGGCAACAAGCGCUGCAAAUGUUGUCAGUGCGGUAAAACGUUUGCUGACAGGUGGGUUUUGAAACGACACGUGAGAAUACACACUGGCGAGAAACCUUUUGCCUGCUUAGUUUGUAAUCAAAGAUUCUCCUAUAAAAGUCAUUUGACAAAACACACAAUCACACACACUGGAGAGAAACCUUUUGCCUGCUCAGUUUGCGGUCAAAGAUUCUCCGUAAAGAGAGACUUGAGGAAUCAUGCGAGAAUACACAGUGGGGAGAAACCCUUUGCCUGCUCGGACUGUGGUCAAAGGUUCUCUCUGAAGGGCAACUUAACUAUACACUCAAGAACGCACACUGGAGAAAAACCUUUUGCCUGCUCGCUUUGCAGUCAACGAUUCUCUCAUAAGAGUCAACUGACAGUCCACACGAGAACUCACACGGGUGAGAAACCUUAUGCAUGCACUAUUUGUGGUCAAAGUUUCUCUGAGAACAGAGAUUUGAGAGAACACCUCAAAACACACACUGGUGAGAAACCUUACGCAUGCACAGUUUGCGGUAACAGCUUUUCUUAUAAGGGACAUUUGACAAUACACACAAAAAUUCACACUGGGGAGAAACCUUUUGCCUGCUCAAUUUGCGGUCAAAUAUUCACUCGAAGAGACGAGUUGACAAAGCACACACCAACACACACGCGCUAGAGAAUGCUUUGACCUGCCGAGUGUCUGCGUGUGGAACGUUGGAAACCUCAAUGUUGCCCCUCCCUCCCUCCCUCCCUCCCACUCUCGUACUGCGACCAGCUUUACCUAACGUGCAACAAAAGCAAUAAACAGUUGGACUGAAAAAUGCAUGAAAUGAAUGCAAAAAGGAAAUACGUAUUUUGCGAGAACACCCAACGCGGCAAUCGUCUUGUCAUUGAGUGUACAUUUGAAAGUAGAAAGCAUCGUAAGGGUCCAACCUUUACCGCUCUCAAGUGUCCGUCUGGGAUUCAGCGUGAGCGAGGCCUGCGUUUCUCUCUCAGGUCAAGUCCAGCGGAUUUCUGUCGGCCUUUGUCGCAGGAAAUAAAAAAAGGGCUCAAAAGGCUUCACGGCGUUUGUUGACAAAUAUGAACAACAUGUAAGCCCCAGGAGGCCAAGAAAAGUCCCAACGAAAAUAAAGAAAUACCUCCAGAAUUGUCA